AAUACUAACUCCUCAGAAUACAAAGGGACUGAUCAAACAUAGCAAGCAUAGCUUCCUUAAUUUGUAAACUAUACUACCUUUUCCUUUCAACAAAACACAAACCUUAUUAAUCAUUCAACAUGCAUUCCUCACUUCUUCAUGAACUAGUUGUUGGAACUCCAAUCAUAUAUGAUCAGUUUCAAAAGUCGGUUAACAAAUAUUAUUUACUUGAUUCUGCCUCUUAUCAAUGUCAAUAUCCAUCCAAACAUCAAAGUAGAGAAAAUUCGAUCCAGAAAAUGCGCUGCAGGAAGCCCAAUAGUUUCUCACAGAGAGUCCAAGAACAUGUGAGACUCGGAGCAAACAUAUCUCAAACAAUAAAGAGGAAGUUGAGCUUAGGGGCUCAAAUCCUUCAAGUAGGCGGAGUAGAGAAAGUGUUUAUGCAGUAUUUUAGUGUGAACGAGAAGGAGACGCUGUUAAGAGUUUCUCACUGUUAUUUGUCCACCACAUCUGGUCCUCUAGCCGGUCUCCUCUACAUCUCCACUGAAAAGGUUGCCUUUUGCAGUGAGAGAUCAAUAAAAGUCUUUAAUCAGAAAGGUCUAAUGUGUAGAAUCCGCUAUAAGGUUAUGAUUCCACUGAAGAAGAUCAAGUGUGUGAAUCAAAGUCAAAAUGUUGAGAAGCCAACACAGAAGUACAUAAAUAUAGUUACAGUGGACAAUUUUGAUUUCUGGCUUAUGGGUGUCUUCAAGUAUCAUAAAACUUUCAAAUAUCUUGAGCAGGCAAUUUCUCAAGCUUAGAUGAAUUUCAGAAAGUCCAACAUAUGUGCAUAAUAUAAUUAGUUGAGGCUUUGAAGGAAGUUUAAUAUUGCAAGGACAAACAUUAUGAUAAAGAACUUAAAAGAGAUGAUAAAUGACAACUGUAAUAGGCGAUAUUGGGCGUUGUCUUUGAAAAGAGGGACUUCAUGGAUGAUAUUGAUCAUCCUGAAGAACACAACAUCGUGGGAUUUUGGCUUUUCCCUCAGUAUUGACCGCUGAUAACUGAAUCAGAUGCGCAUGGUUCAUUCAUAUCAGCUCGGAUUCAAAUUUGGCUGUCAGCGUAUUUUUGAUAAAGUUGUUGAUGCAAGCUAGAGAUCAUUCGGGCGAAUGCUUUGUAACAAAUCCCAGAUGCAGACAAUGAGUGUUAAUGAUAGGGAUCAUAUUGACAGAAGUUAUCCAUUCAUCAAUAGAGAGGCCUAAACAGGACAGGGAAAGAAAAAGUAAAUAUAAAAACUGAAGAACACCAUUAGAAGUUUAAGUUUCACCUGUAUUACUUACGUUACAAGUUUUCAUUCAAGUUUUUUUUACUAUUCAAUUUUUUCCUAAGAAUUUUUUAACAUGAGGUGUUAAAUUGAGUGUGGCCAAACAUACAAAGGGUUAAGAAUCAACAAUUUAUGGGCAGUUUUUUUAAUGCUAAUUCAUAACUUUUUACUAACAAAAAUUGUGUCUUUAUGAGCAGUUUUUUUCAUAAACUAUCUUGAAAAACUUAUAAUAAUACAUAAAAACUUAUUUAUUUGCAUAAGUUGUUUCGCAUAAGGUCAAAAAUAAGCCAAUCCAAAUGGGUCCAUAUUGGAGAACUUAUGAAAAUUAGUUGAAAUUUUUUUAUGACAAUUGUUUUAAACUGUUUUUAUAAGUUCUCCCAAACAGUCUCACAAAACUUAGGCUAGUAGAUAUGCUCAAAUAAGCCAAUCCAAAUAGGUCAUUAGUUCAUGAUAUUUUUUCAAUUUGAGCUAAUGAUUUUCCAUAUUCUGUUUUGUUUUAGCUUUCUGCAUCCAGCUGAUAGUAACAAUACAAAGCUUCAACAAUGGUUGUGCAAGGAGGAAAUUAGGUUGGUAACUAGCUAGUAUCUUAUGGAAACUUUCACGGCUUGGUAUUAGUUUCUUUUAGAUCAAGUGAUUUCUGUUUGGAAAGUUUUUCCUCUAACAUGUUUGUUGUACUAUGUAUAGUACAUUUAUUAGUUUCAUAGAUUUUCAAGUAUCUGAUUGUGUAUCUUUUGACAAUUUAUUUAACAAAUAAAUGUAUGAAUAUAGAAGCAUAUGUACCGUAAUGAUAAAUGCAUUUGACAAUUGACAUGAGUAUGAAUGAGAUGUCACGAAACUAUGCAUUCUCGUAA